AUGAAGACCAUCGCUGCUUUCGCUCCCAUCGUUUCCCUGUUCUGCUCACUUCGACGAACGCUGCCCCUACACCAUGCGCGCAAUCAAUCUUUACAUGCCUCGAGGUCUCUGAACGUCACUACGACUGGGAAUACGACUGGAGCUGCCGACUCCCUUGUCGACUCCCUUGUUCAGCUUGUCAAUGCAACAAUACCCCUCCUUGAUGACCUCUUCGGUGCGUCGGGGAACGCAUCGGGGAACGCAGCUUCCAAACGCGGUGUAGGUCAAGAUGUCCAGGAUGCACUUGACGGUAUCCUUGAUGUCAUCCUAGGCGGCAACAUGAAACGAGACUCCGCUGGAGGCGAUAUCAUGCAGAUUCUCGAUGGACUGUUCAGUCCGCUCAAGCGCAGUGCCGAACCGGACAGUAGUUCUCUGUCCGCCCGGGGCCGCAUCCCUGGUCUUCAAGCGCGGUGCCAGCCAAGCGCGCCCGAAGCACGCUCAGUUCCCUGGAAACCUAUCCUUAAACUCCUCCCCUAUGACAUGGAAGGUGGAGAAUGGGUCUACAAUGAGGUCGAGGGUAGCGGGAGCGAUGGUGACUCCAGUGCUCGGGAAAGAUUUGCUGACGACUCCACACUGUUCCAUCCCGUCAGCUACAUCCCCGUUAGCCCCGCUACGCACGAGCCUCUUUGGGUCAACGACACUGGCGCACUCAAACGCAGCGACAUAUCCUACCUCUCUCCCUCCCUCCAAAACAUUAUCCAGCAGCUAGGCCCCAUUGAGGCCAAACUCAGCAUCCCUAGCGAAGUCGUCGAGGAUCUCUGGGACCUUUGGAACGAGUACCAGUCUUCCCAGUCGUCCAGCUCUGGCUCCUCCAAGCGUAGCAUCUACUAUGACAUCAUUGCUAUCGUCCCUCCCGAAUACCAGGAUAUGCCUGAGGGGAGCGGCUUCGUCAACCUAAAGCGCAGCAUCUACUCCGAAGUUCUCGAAGGUCUCUGGGAUGCUUGGAACACAUACGAGUUGUCCACCUCCAGCGCAUCUUCGACUGAUGUCUACUACGUCGGCGACAUUCUUUACCGUCUCUACGACUUGUACAACACGGAAGAAUCUGGCUCCUCCGGCUCUAAAUUCAAGUGCACCGUCAUAGAGCCCAUGACCAUUGGGUCAGAGCGCCCGCUCGGUGGCCAUGUCGAGCGUGACCUCGGCUCGGAGCUCGAGUUCAACGGCACGCACACCCUUUGCCUUCCUUCAAGCUAG